AUGAUCAUCCAGGACACCUGGCGCGGCAAAACGAAUUGGGACGACGAAGUCAUCGAGACGAUACGCGUGCGGUGGCUCAGAUGGACACAGCUGUUUAAGAGGGUCGGAGAAAUCAGGCUAAACCGGGCGUACUUCCCAGGAUUCUCUGCAGCGGAGGUUGGCGCGGUUGAGCUACAUGUCUUCACCGAUGCGAGCGAGGAAGCUUACGCUUGUACUGCCUACUUCCGAGUCGUGAUAAACGGAAAAGUGUACGUUACGCUGGCGAUGGCUAAAGCUAAGGUUGCUCCGUUGAAAGCGUUGUCAGUACCACGUCUGGAAUUAAUGGGGGCUCUGCUGGGGGCACGGCUGGCGAAAGCUGUGAUGGAAUACCACUCUUUUCCUAUCUGUCGCCGGGUCUUUUGGACAGACUCAAAAACAACGCUCGCCUGGAUACAGUCGGAACAUCGCAGGUAUCGACAAUUUGUGGCCUUCAGAGUAGGAGAGAUUUUGAGCAAGACCGAUGUCAUUGAAUGGAGAUACGUCCCAACACUGCUCAACCCGGCUGACGAAGCAACCAAAUGGGGUAAGGGACCCAGCACUGACGUCAACUCAAGGUGGUUCAGCGGACCGGAAUUCCUCUACCGACCAGAAACAGAAUGGCCGGAGCAAGGGUCGACAGAACUGGAAACGGACGAAGAGCUUCGACCCUGUAUGGUUCACCGGGAGCAUCAAACGGAAGAUGUCUACGAGAUCACCCGCUUCUCCCGUUGGGAGCUUCUUCAAAGGACCGCAGCAUACGUUCACCGCUUCAUCGGGAACUGCAGGCGCAAAAUGCAAAACCAACCUCUCGCAGCGGGGUGCUUGAAAGGGGAGGAGUUGCGGACAGCGGAGGACAGCCUGUGGCGCACGGUGCAGCUGUCAGCAUAUCCGGACGAACAUCACGCUUUGAAACAAGGAGAAGCACGACCUACGAAGACCAUCGAGAAGACAAGCCCCCUCUAUAAGCUGACACCAUACCUGGACGAGCAUGGUGUGAUGCGAGUCGACAGCCGUAUUGGAGCCGUUCCAUACGUCAACUUCGACUUCAAGUACCCUAUUAUCCUGCCGCGACGUCACUACCUUACCAAGCUGAUCGUCGACUGGUACCACCGCAGGUACUUGCACGCCAAUCACAGUACAGUCCACAAUGAAGUGCGCCAAAGAUUUCACGUCUCCAGUCUGUACACAGUUGUUCUCCAAGUAGCGAAGGAUUGUCAGACCUGUAAGAAUAACAAAGCGGUUCCAACGACUCCUCGAAUGGCUCCUUUAUCAUAUUCGAGGCUCGCUACCGGGGUGCGACCAUUCUCGUAUGUCGGGCUCGACUACUUUGGACCCAUCCAUGUACGUGUCGGACGAAGCUCUGUAAAGCGGUGGGUCGCCCUCUUUACCUGCCUGACAGUGCGAGCAGUUCAUCUCGAAGUCGUCCAUUCGCUUUCGACCGAAUCAUGCAAGAUGGCUGUGCGAAGGUUCGUGGCUCGCCGCGGUUCUCCGGUGGAAAUACACUCAGACAACGGAACGAACUUUAAAGGGGCUAGCCGGGAGCUGAAGGACGAAAUCGAGGUUAUUGGACAAAACUUGGCCGAGACCUUCACCAACUCUAACACAAAGUGGCUGUUCAUACCGCCGUCCGCGCCACACUUCGGAGGUUCGUGGGAAAGACUGGUGAGAUCCGUCAAGGUGGCACUUCGUUCAUUGUGCAGUGAUCGCAACCCCGACGACGAGACAUUGCUGACUGUCCUUGCCGAGGCAGAGUCGAUAGUGAACUCCAGACCACUAACGAAAAUCCCACUGGAAGACGCCGACCAGGAAGCCCUCACUCCGAAUCACUUUUUGCUGCUAAGCUCGAGUGGAGUCAUACAACCACCUUCGUCACUGACGCAGCCACUGAAGGCAACUCGCACCAACUGGAACUUGACCAAGCAGCUCGUGGAUCAAUUUUGGAGACGAUGGGUUAGCGAAUACCUCCCAAUAAUAUCCAAAAGGACGAGAUGGUUCAGUGAAACGGAAGCUCUCAAAGUUGACGAUUUGGUGCUGAUCGUUAACGAAGGACAAAGGAAUGGUUGGACAAGAGGACGAGUUCUGACGGUGAUCCCCGGCCGCGACGGCCGCAUCCGACAGGCGACAGUGCAAACUGCGGCAGGGAUACUGAAACGACCAGUAGCUAAAUUGGCAGUGCUGAACGUCCAGGGCAGCUGUAACGCAACAGUACCAGCGGAACCGGAAAGGCGUUACGGGUCGGGGGAUGUGGACGGUAGCAACAGCAUCGACGGUACAACAUCACGUGAGGGUCCCUCGUCAAACAGCAAACACAUCUACACCACCGGGGUAGCUGAGCGAAGUCUACGUCGAUCGGGCCGUCUAGCUAGUGUCAGCCAGGGGAAGAAGGGAAAGGAUUAA